AUGGAAUAAGUCUUAAACACUUUAUUAACUCAAUCAUCAACGAAACAAAUACAAAUUGUUUUUAUCAAUAAAAACCUUUUGAAUAGAAAGAAUUCACUUUUCUAAAUACAAUUAAAUUAAUUAUAAAAAUGUCAAGUAUUGAAUAUUUAUUAUUGUUAUUAGUAAUCUUUAGAAAGGUAGGGAGAACAAUUGGCACUCAAAUAAUCUUGUAUUAAAAGAUAACACAAAAGUCCAUUAAUUAGAAAACAAUAUACUAAAGAUCCAUAGAAUAAAUAAAUGCUUUCCAUGACUUAAUAACUACAUUAGAAAUUCAUUUAAUAAAAACAAAAAGAAUUAGUUUAAUUAAUUACUAUAUGUUUAACAAUCCUGUCACUUAUUGUGAUGAUUGUUGAAUAUCAUUAAUAAGAAAAUUAAAGAAGAUUCUAUGAUAAUUGA